AUGGCGGGACGCAGAAGUGAGACGGUAGCUGGCAUACCGGUCAAGCAGUUCUCGCUGAUAACCCUCACACUCCAGAACUCUGCCCUCAUUCUUGUUAUGCACUACUCUCGGAGAAUGCCUCCUGUCAACGGGCUGCGCUACUUUGCGUCGACUGCCGUCUUCCUCAACGAAGUCAUCAAACUCCUGAUCUCCCUGACUAUGGCAUUAUGGGACGUGGCCAUGCGCGUGCCAACAAACACACCAGCGACCGCCCUUUUUGAAAACCUCUUUUACGCCAUAUUCACGAACGAGAGCUGGAAGCUCGCGAUACCGGCCGCGUUGUACACUCUUCAGAAUACAUUACAAUAUGUGGCGGUUUCCAACCUGGAUGCGGCCGCGUUCCAGGUCAUGUACCAGCUAAAGAUCCUGACAACGGCAAUCUUUAGUGUCACGAUGCUUGGCAGGUCGUUGUCGUCCAGGAAAUGGGUGUCGUUAUUGCUGCUCGUAGUGGGUGCUUCGAUCGUACAGCUUCCUGCGACACCGGCCCCGACUGGAAUGAAGUCGCUGCGUGAGCCGGGCUCAGGCUUGUCAUUCUUACCUCGAUCGCUCGAGGAACUCAAGAAAGCGGGCAGUCAUGCUGCUGGUCAAUUGGUCCGGCGAUCCGCGAGUUAUGCGGGCAUUCAGGAGGACCAAGGGAUGCAACAACCGCGCAUGAACAGCACUGUGGGACUCGUUGCGGUGCUCAUAUCCUGCGCUUUGUCGGGACUAGCCGGAGUGACGUUCGAAAAAGUGUUGAAGGAAUCCAGUACCGCGAGCGCCUCGUUGUGGGUGCGCAACUGCCAGCUUUCGUUCUGGUCUCUCUUUCCGUCCCUCUUCAUAGGGGUCAUGUUCGUGGAUGGCGAGAAGAUUGCAAAAGUCGGCUUCUUCGCCGGGUAUAACUGGGUUGUUUGGGCCGCCGUUCUGCUGCAAGCAUUUGGUGGCGUUGUGGUCUCGUUAGUGAUCAAUUAUGCGGACAACAUUGCGAAGAAUUUUGCCACAUCCAUCAGCAUUGUACUGUCGUGUUUGGCGAGCGUGUACUUUUUUGACUUUGACAUCACGAGAUAUUAUCUCGUAGGCACAUCCGUCGUCUUGUUCUCAACGUAUCUGUACACGAAACCCGAACGAGGCUCCGCGGAACCAAGCAUGGUGGCAGAGUUUGAGAAGACUGCGGUUGGUGGUAAUUCUGAUUAUUUCUACGAUGACCGGCCUUUCCGUCGGUGA